AUGAACGAUUCUGUUCGAGAAGUCGUAUCGGGGGCGUUUGCGGGAGCUUCCACCAAGACACUACUGGCACCCCUAGAUCGUCUCAAGUUGGUGGUACAGUUGCGUGGAUCCAUUCCACCGUCAGCAAACAACAACAAUGUUGCUUCCAAUCACUACCAGGGACCAGUGCAAGCCAUGACUAAGAUCUUGAGGGAGGAAGGAUUUUUUGCAUUGUGGCGGGGGAAUACUUCCACCGUUGUCAUUCAGGGUGGGACGACGGCCUUGAAUUUUCUAUUCUUGGAUUGGUACAAGAAAACAGCGGAUCAUUUGGUGUUGGGCAAUCGUGGCUCCACAGCAGGAGGUGAACAGACCUACUCAUCCUCAUCAGUAUCAUUGACACGACAAGAACGAAUCGCCAAGUCGUUCGUUUCGGGAUUUCUGGCGGGAGGAUCGGCCAUUACCUUGCUGUAUCCCAUUGGACUCAUGCGGACAAAGUUAGCAUUGGAUGUGGGUCAAGAAACCAGAUUGUAUCCACGAGGUAUGCGGGACGUCUUUUUACAUUCCUACCAGGUAAAUGGAUUGACGAGCUUGUAUCAAGGAUUUGCGGUUGCCUUGUGGAGUGUGUCCAUCUAUCGAAUGGUGUAUUUGGGUGGUUACGACUACCUAAAGACGGAAUUGGUAGAAGAUUACAAGGCAAAAUACAGCAAUGCUACAACAACUUCAACAACAACGCUAACGGAUGAAGAUGCCUAUCGGGCCAUUCCCUUUUACCAACGCUUCUUGUCCGCCCAAUUGGUCAGCAUGCUCGCCUCGACAGCCCAUUAUCCCUUGGACUCGGUACGACGACGACUCAUGAUGCAAUCGGAUAUGCCAAAAGAGAAACGACUUUACAAAAAUGCCCGACAUUGUUUGGUCAAAAUUUAUCAAGACGAAGGCAUAGCAGGAUAUUAUCGUGGUUUGGGAACGAAUUACAUUCGGAGUGUGGGUGCAGCACUCUUGCUCGUGUCUUAUGACUAUUGCAAGGAGCUAUUUUCUUGA